AUGAUGGAGUCUCUUCAAGGAAAUUACACCAUACCAAAACGACUAAAAUACUGGGCCAACAAACAACCAGACUCACAGGCUUUUGUUUAUGUUGCUAAAGAUAAACCCAAGGCUGUUCUAACAUCAAAAGAAAUUUACGACCUCGCUGUGCAGUUUGGCCGUCGUUUGUCUAAGCUUGGUGUAGAACCAGGCAGUGUUGUUUGUAGCUUGAUUCCAGACUCCCCUGCAGCUAUGAUCGCCUACUUUGGAAUCCUGUGUGCUGGUUGUACUAUCCAGAACGCAACCAUCCAAAUGUCGGAUGGAACAUAUCUUCUACAAAAUCUCCACAAGUCAAAAUGCCGGGCUAUAAUUUUAUCCUCGACUCCUGAUGACCAAGCUAAUCGAAUCAUAUCUCAAUACUUUGAUACCGUCUCGGGGAAUAACGUGACCUCAAAAAAGUUUCCUCACUUGAAGAACGUCAUCUACACAAACUUGAAUCUUGGCACUGAACUAGGAUUCAUCUGGCAAGCAGACGCAGGGGUUGAACUCACAGAUAAUUCUAAUAUUGAAGAAGUUACUGUCAGUGCCGAUGAUGUUGCGGUUAUCAUACAAACUUCGGGUACAACUGGUGUAUCCAAAUUAAUUCCGUUAGACCACACAUGUUUUGGUAGUAUUGAAAUAGGCUUUUAA